AUGAUGACAUCAUUUGCUCUCCUUUGUCUAUCAAUUGCUAUAAUUGAAUCCAUGGCAGGAAUUCUAGGAAAUGGAAUUAUCUUGGCUGCCAGUUCAUCAAGCUGCAUUGGGAGAAAAACAUGGCCCCCAUAUGAUAUGAUCGUGAUCUCUCUGAGUUCAUCUAGAUUAAUUUUGCAGUCAUGGACUACUCUGGAUUUAUUAAUGACUAUAUUUUAUGAACCCUCCAGUUAUAUCGAGCACGUGUUUGCAGUUUCGAAGACAAUUUUUACUGUUCUGAACUACUCCAGCCUCUGGUUUGGAGCCUGGCUUAGUGUCUUCUAUUGUAUCAAGGUUGCCAGUUUCACACAGUCUUUCUUCAUCUGGCUGAAGCAGAGAAUUGCCAGGCUCAUGCCCUGGAUGCUGCUCGGAUCAUGGGUCUGCUCCUUCACAGCAGCAAUUCCCUUCGCCUGGGAUGUCUACAGCGUGCAUGACAACUUCACUGCUCCUCUACCUAUGACAAAUUCUUCAGCAAUGAGAACCUCAAGGAAAGACAAUUUGGGUUUAUUAGCUCUUUUCUGUAAUGCUGGUAUAGGUAUGCCUUUAAUACUGUCUGUUGUUUCAAGUGUUCUGCUGAUUCAGUCUCUGUGGAUACACACCAGACGGAUGCAGCAAAAUGCAAGUGGCUUCAGGGACCCCAGCUUAGAGGCCCAUAUGAAAGCCAUCAAGUCAGUCUGUUCCUUCCUUAUCCUGUACAUCAUAUAUUUUAUUUGUGUGCAUGUCAUCUUAUUCCACAGCUUUUCACCUUUAAGCAAUGCAGAAACAAUCUUUCUUGUUUUAAUGAUUGCCUGUCCUACAGGACACUCCUUAGUCUUAAUUUGGAGCAAUCCAAAAUUUCAAGAGCUGCCAGCUAGGAUUUGGCACCGCAUUAACUGUCCUGCAUGUAAAACACAGUGGCUUAGCCUGGACUUUCUAGUAUAG